AUGGAUAAUCCGUUUGGUAAACUUUUCGAAAAAAAAAAAAAAGCUCCAGGUAAAAAAGCAGCCUCAGCUAUACCACAGUCAAAUCUUAAACAAUCUUCUUUAUUGGGUUCUUCAAUUUUAUCAAAAAAAGAAGAGGACUUAAAGAAUAAAUCUUCAAGUGGUUCAUCAACAUUUUCAAAUUCAUAUUUAAGUUUUGGAAUUCCCAAAAAGAACCCAGCUAGUAUUGAAAGUCCAUCAACUAAAUCAGGAUCAUCAUUAUUAUCAACAACUGCAUCAAAUAUUCCAUCGAUCCCAAAAAGAAAAAGAGAGGAUUCUGAUGAAAAUAAUUUCUUUGGUGAUUCCGACCAUAAUAAGUCAUCAAAUCAACCUGAUAUUGAUAACAAUAGUUCAAGAAAAAAAAAAUCAUCAUCAUCAUCAUCACCAUCAUCAAAAUAUGGUUUUAGUAAUGAUGAUUUACCAACUUAUACAACUAGAAGUGGGAGAUCAGCAAAAAAAUUCGAUCCAAAUCUUUUCAGUAUUGAUAGUAGUAUUAGUAGUAGUAGUACCGCCCCUAAAACUAGUGGCGGUAGUAGUAAUACCGCCCCUAAAACUAGUGGGAAAAAAGAAUCUAAAUAUUCAAAUAUUUCAUUGGACGAUUUAUUAAAUGAAAGAAAGAAAACAGGAAAAUUUCUUGAAAAUAUUGACACAGAUACAAUUUUAUUCGACAAGAGCAAGAUGAAAGUAGCUAUAGCAGAAGAUGAAACAAUUGACGUUAAAUCUAUUAUAGGUAACGAAAUUGAAUUUAAUGAUAAAGAAACCAAACAAUUACAAGAUCUAUUUAUUGCAAAUGAUCUAUUUCUUGCAGGUUCCAAUCGUCAAUAUAUUUUUGUUGAAAAAAAUAAAGUGCCAUCGGUAAUGGAGUUAAAUAUUAAAGAUAGCGAUACUUCAAAAUACCCAAUUUUGAAAUUAUUAAAAAAUCAAGAUUCAAAUGAAUUGUCAAUUUUAAAUAGUUUGGGAACAUUGGUUAAAAUUUCAAAAAGAGAAUCAAUACCGGAUAUUUUAAUAACUUAUUUAUACUCACAAGUUAAUAGAAUAUUCCCAUUUAUGAAUUUAUAUAAAGUAUUGGUAAUGCUAAACUAUUCAAUAGAAAAAAAAAAAUUUAAUACUGAACAGGUCAAAGAGCUUAUUAAGUUUUUAAUAUUUUUAUCAUUGGACCCAUUUUUCCAAUUCAAAAUGCCACACAAUCAAAUGAAUUUAGAAAAACAGGUUGGUAAGAAGCAAAAAAAAAGUGAAACAGAGGCAGUAAAACCAAAGCAAGAUAGUUUUAAUCAAGUUGUUAAAGAUUCUGGUAUUUUUAAUUCAAUUAGAUUAUUAAAAUUAAAUCUUUCAAAAUUGAUCAAUUUAUAUUUUAACCCAGAUUUUCACAGAAAUAAUAAUAGUAAUAAUAAUAAUAGUAAUAAUAAUAAUAGUAUUAAUAAUAUAAAUAAUGAUACAGACAAUAUACCAACUAUUAUGAAUCAAUUAUUUGACGAAAUUAUUUCUAUUGUUCCAGAAGAUAACGAUAGAUUCCAAACAUUUACCAAAAUUACUGAAGUUUUUCCAACAGAAACUGAAUUUAAAGUACGUGAAAGAUUCUCUCUUUACUGUAUUUCAAAUAUGUUAUCUUCGCUAGCAAAAGAAAAAGCAAAAAAGAAAAAGAAACCAACAAAGAAAAUUAAAACUGAAGAAAACAAACCAAUUGAAGAAAAUAAAGAAAUACCAAAAGAAGAUAACUCGCCAAAAUCCAAAGAGACUAUUUCAGGAAACUCACCACCUCAAGCAAAAAUAGAAUUAUUGGAUGAAAUUUUUGAAACCAAAGACAUUUGUUCAACUUUAAUUAAACUAAUUGAGCCAUAUGUUUAUAGAAUUAAAAAUGAAACUAUCAAUUUAAGAGUUAUGGUUAAUGUUAUUCAAUUGGUAACAAUCUGUGUUGAUGAUAUAACCGAAAUUAAAAGGCAUUUUAAAACCCUUGAGCCAAUAUUUAAACUGUGGAACAGUAAAGUAAAAGAACCCGAAAAUAUUGAUUUUAAUAGAACAAGAAUCAAGGAUUUAGUUGUUCUCAAUCAAAGUAAAAUAGCUGGUCUUGUUAUAAGACAACAAGAAAUUAUAACAGACUAUUUCACAACAAAAUAA